AUGUCCGCCUGCGACAAGCUCUGCAAGGAUCUCAACCGUGGCCUGCAGCAGUCUAAGUCUCCGUGGUCUGCUACACCCACCGUCAAUGCUACCAACUCGGGUGGAUUUGCUCAUGUCACCGUUGAGCGCGAGGUGGGAAGAAAUACCAGCGUCGGUGGACACGUUGGCUAUGAAUGGGCAGGCCCUACUCCCACUCGCCAAUAUGGUGCCCCCUACGGAGGCGUCCACAUCACACGCAGGUUUUGA